GAGCAGCAGCAGGAGCAGCAGCAGGAGCAGCAGCAGGAGCAGCAGCAGGAGCAGCAGCAGGAGCAGUGCAAGUCCCCUGAAGAGCGCUGGCAGGUAGAAGCUGUGUUCGUGCCUGUUGGUGUUUGGGGUAUCCGAGCAGCCGUGCGAGUUGCAGCAGUCGCAACGGCGGGAACGCCAGCACUCCGAGAAGCAGCAACCGCAUCAGGAUUCUUAGAUCCAGCACAAAGUGCAUCAGCAGCAAGAAGACACAGCACGAACAAUUCAAGUUGCAGCGAUCCAAUGGCUCGAGCCGCAGCACAGGAAGCUUUCCGGGGUGUAUGGCCAGCUGCCUCGCCGUCUGCACCCGCCUGUUGUUGCUUCUCGACGGGGGCAUCCUUCAGCAACAGUGAGAUCUCUGGAUGCAAUCGGAAAGCCCCCGUUGGCAAAUGCGGCGUGGAAAGCUGUCACAGGCGGUCGGAGGCAGCCGCCGGUCCAGACAGUUUACCCGCUGCAGCCCGUCUAGCUGCAGGUGGCCUUGCGCUACGCCGCAUGCAGCCCUUUAGCAAUGAUCCGGGGAUGUUGGUGGCAGCGGGAGCGUUUCUUUUAUGCAUUUCCAUUGUUGUAUUUUGCUUUGCGCUGAGCGUGCUGCUGCUGCACUUGCCGCCGUUGAUAGGUCUUCGUAGAGGGCUAAUAGGAAGGCAGACCUAUUUGUGCUGUCUCCCCGCUUGCGGGCUUCUCACGCUUGUCAUUUGGAUUUACUGGCGAUGGCUCGCAUUGAAAUAUUUCCGUCACUCCUAG